AUGCCGUCCGGCACCAUAGGACCGCUUGGGUUGCCCAUGCAGAAGGUCUGCGCCUGCUCUCAUUGCAAGAAGGAGUGCGGGCCACGCGCUUGCAAAAAGUGCCGUCAAGUCGCUUACUGCGGCGCGGAGUGUCAAAAAGCAGAUUGGCCAGAGCACAAGAAGAAUUGCGCGACUCUAGCAGCCACCAUCACUCCUGAGGAAACUCGCAUCACGACACAGUCUAAACGACUCAUGAUGCUAAUCGACACUGUCUUUUACGAUGGGCGCCGCCACGAUCCCUUCUACUACAGAGAUCAUAUCUAUCGUAUCGUGUCCACGUAUCUGAACUUGCGAGAGCAGCCGUACAACAUGCAGCUCGCACCAGUAUUCGAGAUCAACUGGGGCCUCGUACCCCACAAUACUCGCCAUGUCCUGCAGAUACUGGAUGUCAACGUUCGGCAUCCAACUGCCGAAGAGCAUCCGCUCCGGAAAAAACCUCACGUCAAACUCCUCAUGGACCUCGCACUCGAAAGACUACACAACGGUAUCGCCAAUCUGAACGAAGCAAAGCCUGACGGCCAAGAUGCGGAAUCCGGAUGCAAAGUUCUGGUUCUCAAUCUUGCAAGAGAUUUCACCGGACAUAUGUCCGAGAUGACAAUGAUGGAGAUGCCCUUCAUCAAUAGCCAUGUCCAGGAGGCGGUGCAAGAUUUGGAAGAGUGUUGGACGCCCGAAGUAACGCAAGCACCGACGUUUGUCAACACUCUGGUCGGUGUACUUAACGUGUUACUCGCUCAUGAUAAGGACUAUCGCUUCCGGACGCCAAGGCUCCCGGCUGUUAGCGCCGCUGAACAAGCGAGUAGCAAAAUUGGACCUCAGGCCGCUAGUGGGGUACAUCGUGUCUUGACUCUUAAAGCGGUUCUGACCGAGAGUAUGGCGUGGGCUUGA